CUGUGUCAGCCAUUGUUUGUGGGGACUUCGCUCCCUGUGAGGCUUCAGGACGUCGUCUCCUCGUUCGGCUUCUGAUUCUCUGCCAGAUUAGACAAUUUAUUAUUCUGUGAGGAAAAGAAAGGAGAAGAAGCAUCUGGAAUAUUGUGAUCGAAGGCGAAUGCCAGAAGGACCCCUGAAAGUGUCCGUCCUGUGUAUCUAAGUCCUGUGUUUUCUGCUGGUUUGGGCGCAGAAUGACACCAUAGAACUCACAACCAUGGGGGACCCCGCAGGAUUCAAUAUAGUAAGUGGUGGGAACAUCUCUAUAGAGCUGCCCUCCUGGCAUAGCACCAGUAUAGUGCCAGCUGUCACCACAGUAAGUACUGACGGUACACCAACUGCUGCCGCCAGUCAGAACAGCGCCACAAUGUCGCCUCCCACCCAGGAUACAGGUGAAGAUGAAGGCAGCGGUGACCCCGAUACAACCGCAAGAGGGGCCAGGGUGUCACCUGCCACGACUGACGCCAAUGUAUCACCUGCCACGUCUGACGCCAAUGUAUCACCUGCCACGUCUGACACCAAUGUAUCACCUGCCACGUCUGACGCCAAUGUAUCACCUGCCACGUCUGACACCAAUGUAUCACCUGCCACGUCUGACGCCAAUGUAUCACCCACCAUAACCCACCAACCUGCAGUCAGUGCCCACAGCGCCCCCAGGUCUAUGAAGACAACCAGAGAAGCCAAUAACUUCACAGGUCGCGUUUCGAUAAGGGUGAAGAUUCGGAGCAGCGCUCAGGAAAACGUGACCAUGGAAAUGUUCUUGAACAAGGCCUGCAAAUUUUUUCAGACUUUGUCGCUUGAAGAUGUGACUGUGACCCUGGGACCGGAGAGAACUCCAAUGCUGUGCCUGAACGGCCUCUACUGAGGAUGCCCACCAAAAAGAAGACCCUGCGGCCAUCAUAAGAGACCUCUACUGAUGACGUCACACCAAAAAGAAGACCCUCCGGCCAUCAUAGGAGACCUCCACUGAUGAUGUCACACCAAAAGAAGACUCUGCAACCAUUGUAGAACUCCAAUGCUGUGCCUGAAAGAUGUCUACUGAGGAUGCCCACCAAAAAGAAGACCCUGCGGCCAUCAUAGGAGACCUCUAUUGAGGAUACCCACCAAAAAGAAGACCCUGUGGCCAUCAUAGGAGACCUCUAU